CGAGAGGACGUUGCGUGCUCGCUCGCGCCGGGCGAGUCUCCGCGUCUUGCCUCGCGAACUCGGUGAAAGGAAUUGGCGCCGUUCGACAGCAGGCGGAUCCGCUCUGCAGCAGUACUCAACCAUCUCCAGCCGCAGCCGCCGCCCGGGCCGACCAGCAGCCGCCGCCAACAGGCCGAGGGAGCCAGCAGUCAGCGGUGAACCGGGGCCCUCACCAUGAGUUCUUCGCCUGUUAAUGUCAAGAAGCUGAAGGUGUCGGAGCUGAAGGAGGAGCUCAAGAAGCGGCGCCUCUCCGACAAGGGCCUCAAGGCCGAUCUCAUGGAUCGACUCCAGGCCGCGCUGGACAACGAGGCAGGAGGCCGCCCCGCCAUGGAGCCCGGGAACGGCAGCCUCGACCUGGGUGGCGAUGCCGCCGGGCGCUCCGGAGCAGGCCUAGAGCAGGAGGCCGCGGCCGGCGCCGAAGAUGAGGAGGAGGAGGAGGGCAUCGCCGCUCUGGACGGCGACCAGAUGGAUCUGGGCGAGGAGAACGGAGCGGAGGGGGCGGCUGACGCUGGCGCGAUGGAAGAGGAGGAGGCGGCGUCGGAAGACGAGAACGGCGAUGACCAGGGCUUCCAGGAGGGGGAAGACGAGCUCGGCGACGAGGAGGAGGGCGCGGGCGACGAGAACGGCCACGGGGAGGAGCAGUCCCAACCGCCGGCGGCGGCGCAGCAGCCCUCCCAGCAGCGCGGGGCUGGCAAGGAGGCCGCGGGGAAAAGCAGCGGCCCCACCUCGCUCUUCGCGGUGACGGUGGCGCCGCCCGGGGCGAGGCAGGGCCAACAGCAGGCGGGAGGAGACGGCAAAACAGAACAGAAAGGCGGAGAUAAAAAGAGAGGUGUUAAAAGACCCCGAGAAGAUCAUGGCCGAGGGUAUUUUGAAUAUAUUGAAGAAAACAAGUACAGCAGAGCCAAGUCUCCUCAGCCACCUGUUGAAGAAGAAGACGAACACUUCGAUGACACAGUGGUUUGUCUUGAUACUUAUAAUUGUGAUCUGCAUUUUAAAAUAUCAAGAGACCGCCUCAGUGCUUCUUCCCUUACUAUGGAGAGUUUUGCUUUUCUUUGGGCUGGAGGAAGAGCAUCUUACGGUGUAUCAAAGGGCAAAGUCUGUUUUGAGAUGAAGGUAACAGAGAAGAUCCCAGUAAGGCAUUUGUAUACAAAAGACAUUGACAUACAUGAAGUUCGGAUCGGCUGGUCACUAACCACCAGUGGGAUGUUGCUCGGCGAAGAAGAAUUUUCCUAUGGAUAUUCUCUGAAAGGAAUAAAAACCUGCAACUGUGAGACAGAAGAUUAUGGAGAGAAGUUUGAUGAAAAUGAUGUGAUUACAUGUUUUGCUAACUUUGAAACGGAUGAAGUUGAACUCUCCUAUGCAAAGAAUGGACAAGAUCUUGGUGUUGCCUUCAAGAUCAGUAAGGAAGUCCUUGCCGACCGGCCACUGUUCCCACAUGUUCUCUGCCACAACUGUGCAGUUGAAUUUAAUUUUGGUCAGAAGGAAAAGCCAUACUUUCCAAUACCCGAAGACUGUACUUUUAUCCAAAAUGUCCCCUUAGAGGACCGAGUUAGAGGACCAAAGGGACCUGAUGAGAAGAAGGAUUGUGAAGUUGUAAUGAUGAUUGGCUUGCCAGGAGCUGGGAAAACUACCUGGGUUACUAAGCAUGCAGCUGAAAACCCUGGGAAGUAUAACAUUCUUGGAACAAAUACCAUUAUGGAUAAAAUGAUGGUUGCUGGUUUUAAGAAGCAGAUGGCAGAUACUGGAAAGCUGAAUACACUGUUGCAGAGAGCUCCACAGUGUCUUGGAAAGUUUAUCGAGAUUGCUGCCCGCAAGAAGCGAAAUUUUAUUUUGGAUCAGACAAAUGUGUCUGCAGCUGCCCAGAGGAGAAAAAUGUGCCUGUUUGCAGGCUUCCAGCGGAAAGCUGUUGUAGUUUGCCCAAAAGAUGAAGACUAUAAGCAGAGGACACAGAAGAAAGCAGAAGUAGAAGGGAAAGACCUUCCAGAACAUGCUGUCCUUAAGAUGAAAGGAAACUUCACCCUGCCAGAGGUAGCUGAAUGCUUUGAUGAAAUAACCUAUGUUGAGCUUCAGAAGGAAGAAGCCCAAAAGCUUUUGGAGCAAUAUAAAGAAGAAAGCAAAAAGGCACUUCCGCCAGAAAAGAAGCAAAACACUGGCUCAAAGAAGAGCAAUAAAAACAAGAGUGGCAAGAACCAAUUCAACAGAGGCGGUGGCCAUAGAGGACGUGGAGGAUUCAACAUGCGAGGUGGCAAUUUUAGAGGAGGAGCUCCUGGGAACCGUGGCGGAUAUAACAGGAGAGGCAACAUGCCACAGAGAGGUGGCGGUGGUGGAAGCGGUGGAAUUGGCUAUCCAUAUCCUCGUGGUCCUGUGUUUCCUGGCAGAGGUGGUUACUCAAACAGAGGGAAUUAUAACAGAGGUGGAAUGCCCAACAGAGGGAACUAUAACCAGAACUUCAGAGGACGAGGAAACAAUCGUGGCUACAAAAAUCAAUCUCAGGGCUACAACCAGUGGCAGCAGGGUCAAUUCUGGGGUCAGAAGCCAUGGAGUCAGCAUUAUCACCAAGGAUAUUAUUGAAUACCCAAAUAAAACGAACUGAUACAUAUUUCUCCAAAACCUUCACAAGAAGUCGACUGUUUUCUUUAGUAGGCUAACUUUUUAAACAUUCCACAAGAGGAAGUGCCUGCGGGUUCCUUUUUUAGAAGCUUUGUGGGUUGAUUUUUCUUUUCUUUUCUUUUUUGUACAUUUUUAAUUGCAGUUUUAAAGUGAAUCGUAAGAGAACCUCAGCAUUGUGCACGAUAAGAGAAUGUGUCAGUAUUUCAGGGUUCUACAUUUUAUCUGUAAAAUGUGACUUUUUUUUUUAUCACAACAAAAGUAAAAUGUUGCUUUGUA